AUGCAGACCACCAAGUUCGUCGUCUUCGCUCUCCUCGUGUGCCUCUUCUUCGUCGCUGCGGCCUUUGCCCAGAAUGCCAACAGACCUGGCCAGAACGCUGAGACCGACUUCGAGUUCAACCAGAACCACUUCAACGGCAUCAAGAACGCGGUGCGCGAGGGCAGCCGUGGCGGCGACAGCCGCGGCAGCGGCAGGGACGUCGACAUCGAUAUCGACAUCCAGCACCUCAAGAUUGAGUUCGAGAAGAACUUCUUCAUCCUCAUCAAGAAGGGUUACUAA